CCUCAACAACUUGACCUUCUUUACGUCUUGGAUUUAACAUCGUUAAAUGUUAAAUUUUGCCUAAAAUUUACCGAAAUAUGCAGCCUCUUUUCAACCCCCCGCUUCACAAACAAAGACACCAGUUUGUCGUCGAUUUUAUUAAGAAAUACAAAACUAAAAAAGUGAUGGAUCUGGGUUGUGGUGAAUGUAUUCUCCUAAAACAGCUCAAGUUUCACCGUGAAAUUGAACUUUUGGUGGGAGUCGACAUCAAUGGAGCCAAAGUCAAGAAAAAAGGAUAUGCUCUGGCCCCUCUGUCCACAGACUAUCUGCAGCCCGGCUUUGAGCAGCUGUGUGUGGAGCUGUACCAGGGCUCUGUGACCGAACCAGACUCCCGCCUCAGAGGCUUCGACCUGGCCGUCAGUAUAGAACUUAUCGAGCACCUGGUUCUGCCUGAUGUGGAGCGUUUCUCAGAGGUUCUGUUUGGGUACAUGGCUCCAGUGCACGUCAUCAUCAGCACCCCAAACUCUGAGUUUAACCCUCUUUUCCCCGGACUCACCGGCUUCAGGCAUCCAGAUCACAAGUUCGAGUGGACCAGGGCACAGUUCCAGACAUGGGCUCAGAGGGUGUGUGUGGACUUUGGAUACGAGGUGGAGAUCACUGGAGUGGGACUGCCCCCUGGUGGACGACAGGAGCAGGUCGGGUUCUGCUCUCAGAUCGCAGUGUUUCACCAUCUCAAAGGAGAACUCCACGUGACGCCCGAGGAGAGGAGCCAAGGGGAGACUUCAUACACACUGCUUCACAGAAUAAUCUACCCCAGUCUGAAGGACAACAACGUGCUCCGGAGAGUCCUGCUCAGUGAGGUUCUGUUCUGGGCCGAAGAACUGAAGAGGAGGUGGAGAGAGAGACAAGAGAGGGGAGAGAGGGAGGAGACAGAAGAGACAUGGACCAAACACACAGGAGAAUGUGGAGAAGAGCGACCUCCAAAGGACCAACAGAGAAGUGCAGCUGGUGAUGAAGAGUCAAAUGGAAACAGUGCUUCUCAAAGGGAGUGUGUUUCCGUGCCUCUCUCCCUGCUCUGGGCCUCCUCUCCUCGGGUCGGGUCUCUCAGUGGGAGCCUGGCAAACCUCCGCCUUUUCCUGAUGGAAGAACCGACGGUCAAAUUGAGCCAAGACGGGUCAGCUCUGCUCCUCCAGACAGAUGAACAUGAGGCGUAUGAAGGAGACCUGGAGGACAGCGGCUUUGCAGAUGUGGAACUCAACCAAAGUGUGAGCCCCAAGUCUCUGGAAAACUGGGAGGAAGACUGAGGCACGAGGAAGCAUAAAGUACAGAACAGGACAAAUCAGAUGGACCUGUGUAAAAAGACUGAACGAGGUGGAGGAAGUGAAUGUUGUU